AUGGCAGCACGACCAUGCUCGAGGGCGGCGUGCCGCCUCUCAUUACUCGGACCACAGUCUGCCUCCUCAUCAUCGCCUUCCACAUGGCUCCGUACACACGUCAUCUCUUCACAUCCCCUCCUCUCUCACAAGCUCGCGCCAGUCCUCCCAUGCUGUCGACCAGUCACAGCACACCAAGCGAGACGCUACGCCGCUCCCCGCGCGCCCAAGGCCGUCUCCCCAUCGGCGGCGAGCAACCCCGUCUUCACCCUCGACGAGAUCCCCCUCUCCGCGUUGGAGGCUGUCGUCACGCGCAACGGAGACGCGUUCAGCGCCCUCUCCGCGGAGGACUACUACCGCCACGCGCAGGCGUUUGUCGCGGCGAUCAAGAACGGCGCGAGCCCCUGGGCGGUGACCCUCACAGGCCGCGAUGCCAUACCCGCAGAGACACUCCACCAGCUGGCCUGCAUCAUGCGCCAGAUCCGCGGGCCGCGCAGCGCCGACGCCCUGGCCACGUCGCUCUGGUCCUCGGCCUCUGCUCUUGGCCACCGCGCCGCCACGCUCUCCCUCGCGCGGCAGCUCAUCCGCUCCGGCUCCUUCGCGCGCAUGCCCCAGCUGCGACCCGUGGAGGAGCGCUUCCGGCGGCUCGUCGACGGGGCCGCCGCCGCCAACGACGCCGACGCGCUCACCGCCCAGGGGGAGCUGCUGUUCGAGCAGGGCCGCUUCGAGCCCGCCGCCGCGACCCUCCGCCGCGCGCUGCAGGUCGGUUCCGCCGGCGCCGGAGGGUUCGAGUGGCGGCUGCACUGUGAGUUUUGCCACGGAAAGGCGCUCCUCAAGCUGGGCCGGCGGGACGAGGCGAUGAGCAUCUUGGAGGCGCUUGCCGCAGCGGGCUUCGCGGAGGCGGACGUGGAGCUUGGCCAGUUGCUGAGGGGGACGGACCGCGAAGCUGCCGAACAGCACUUCUACGCAGCGGCGUGCAACGGCAGGCGGGACAUGUUCAGCCAUCUGUCGGAGAUGGCUCUGGAGCAGGAGGGCUCUGUGGAGGAUCGGCGGCGCUGGGCCUUGGAAUGGUCGCGCCUGGCAGAUCCGCGGGCCGAGUACUGA